GAGUGAAGAAGCGUGAUGUCUGGAAGAGGUAAAGGAGGCAAAGGCCUGGGAAAAGGCGGAGCGAAGCGGCACCGCAAAGUGCUCCGUGAUAACAUCCAGGGCAUCACGAAACCAGCCAUCCGGCGCCUGGCUCGCCGUGGAGGGGUCAAGCGCAUCUCGGGCUUGAUCUACGAGGAGACCCGCGGGGUGCUGAAGGUUUUCUUGGAGAAUGUGAUCAGGGAUGCGGUCACCUACACUGAGCACGCCAAGCGCAAGACGGUCACCGCCAUGGAUGUGGUGUACGCUCUGAAACGCCAGGGCCGCACUCUCUAUGGAUUCGGCGGCUGA